AUGGCGCUUAUCAUCGAGAAAGUUGGCCCGUUCGACGAGGCGGUCGAGACGUGGGAGUCUUACACGGAAAGGUUAGGACAAUACUUCAUAGCGAACGACGUACAUAACGAUUUAAAAGUUCCGUCACUUCUUUCCAUAAUUGGGCCUCGCCAUUAUACUCUACUGAAAAAUCUGUGCGCGCCAGUUAAACCGGCUGCUAUGACAUUCGAUGAACUCAUCAAGAAAAUAACAGACCAUUUAAGCCCUCGCCCAUCGGAAAUUGCUGAACGAUUUCGUUUUCAUAAACGAGAGCAAGGCGCAGGGGAAACUGUUACAGUGUACAUAGCGGAGUUACGCCGUUUGGCGAUCCAUUGCGACUUCGGUGACACACUGGAUAAGACAUUAAGAGACAGGUUUGUGUGCGGUUUAAAGCAAGAACAUAUUCAAAAGAAGCUUUUGGCGGAGCCAAAACUAACGCUCGAACGCGCAAUCCAGACCGCAGUAGCUAUGGAAACAGCAAGUCGUGAUGCACUAGAACUCCAAGGAAAACGGGAGACGGUACACAAACUUACGGUAAACAAACCGAGAAAUAGCACCUACGGAAAACAGAAAACACACAAAACACCGUUUAAACCUGUGAUGCAGGGGAAGUGCUACCGUUGUGGUGGAGACCACAAAGCAAAGACUUGUAAACAUCUGAACACUAAAUGCAGAUAUUGUGACAACCCUGGACACUUAGAAAAGGUUUGUUUUAAGAAACAACGUGACAGUAAUGGUGGAAAAGUCCAUUAUGUUGAUGAAGAAACAAGUGACGACAGUGACGAGUAUGAACAUAGCAGUUACCUGCUGCAUUUCGGCGUGAACAAAGUAUCCGUGGAGCCUAUUAUGGUGACACCGAGGAUCGAGGGUGUGGAAAUCCCUAUGGAACUGGACACCGGUGCGGCAGUCUCGAUCAUAUCCAAAGCAAACGUUGAAACGUAUUUCAAGAAAUACAAUCUUCUUCACACAAACGCAAAGCUGAAAACAUACAGUGGGGAGGAGAUCCAACCAGCUGGAAAAUUAAAAGUGAUGGUUGAACUGAAUAAUCAGAAAGAAACAUUAGACUUACUGGUUGUAAACAAUGAAGGACCAACUCUCAUGGGGAGGAACUGGUUACAGCAGUUGAAGCUCAACUGGAAAGAAAUCAAAUCCAUCAGAUGUGAUGAAAAGAACGUGAAAGUGAAAGCUAUCCUAGACAAACACAAGAAAGUAUUCGAACCAGGCAUCGGCAAACUCAAGGACAUGAGAGGGAAACUUACUCUACAGGAUGGCGCCAGCCCGAAAUUUUGCAAAGCGCGUGAAGUUGCGUACUCACUUAGACCACGUGUGGAAGAGGAACUCGACAGACUACAACAAGCAGGAGUUAUCUCACCUGUGAAAUUCAGCGAUUGGGCUACACCCAUCGUACCCUUACCUAAGGCGAACGGCAAAGUGAGAAUUUGUGGCGAUUACAAGGUGACUCUAAAUCCUGCCAUGAAGAUCGAACAAUAUCCGUUACCGAAAAUAGCAGACAUAUUUGCAUCCUUAGGCGGUGGACAGAAAUUUAGCAAGAUAGACUUGACCCAAGCUUAUCUACAGAUGGAAGUUGAUGAAGUUUCAAGAAAUCUACUCACCAUCAACACCCACAAGGGACUAUUUUGUUUCAACAGACUUCCGUUUGGGAUCGCGUCAGCACCUGCUAUCUGGCAAAGAGCAAUGGAUCAAGUCCUGACAAACAUUCCGAAAACUAAGUGUAUUUUGGACGACAUGAUCAUAACAGGAUCAACAGAUGAGGAACACUUGCAGAACCUCAGUCUUGUGUUACAGAGACUUGAACAGUAUGGGUUAAGAGCUAACCUGGACAAGUGUCAAUUUUUCAAAGACCAGAUUAGCUAUUGUGGACAUGUGAUAGACAAAGCCGGGUUACACAAGUCAAAUGAGAAAACAAACGCUGUUGAAAAUGCACCGACACCCGAAAAUGUGUCCCAAUUACGUUCAUUCUUGGGCUUGGUUAAUUACUACCAUAGGUUCCUGCCGAACCUUGCUACAGUAGUUGGACCGCUCAACGAGUUGCUACAGAACAACAAGAAGUGGACAUGGACAGCCAAAUGUGACGACGCAUUUGCAAAAGUGAAAGAACUGAUCACAUCCGAACAAGUUCUGUGCCAUUAUAAUCCGACAUUACCUGUACGACUAGCUACUGAUGCAUCACCCUACGGAAUAGGGGCUGUACUCUCACACGUCAUGGAAGAUGGAACCGAACGUCCCAUUGCGUAUGCUUCUCGCUCGUUGACUAAGGCGGAGAAGGCAUAUUCCCAGAUCGAUAAGGAAGCUUUGGGUAUCUACUGGGGAGUACAGAAAUUUCAUACUUACCUGUACGGACGUCAUUUUACGUUGAUCACAGACCACAAACCACUUGUGAGCAUUUUUCACCCUGAAAAACAGCUACCUGCAAUGACAACUGCUAGAUUGCAGCGCUAUGCUAUAUUUUUAUCGAGCCACAAUUACAGCAUAGAAUACAGAAAUACUGCAAAUCAUGGAAACGCAGAUGGAUUAUCAAGACUACCCUUGUCUGCACCCAAUACCAGUACAGAUGAAGAAACUGAUGCUUGUAAUGUCUUUUAUUCUUCACAGUUUGAAAACUUACCUGUUACUUGUGACACUGUAAGAAAAGAGACACAACGUGAUCCAGUCUUAUCGCAAGUGCUAGACAUUGUCUUACAAGGAACUCGUGACUUUCCUCCUGAGAACGACUUCAAAACAUACAGGAAUAGGAGCAAGGAACUUACUGCUCACCAAAACUGUCUACUUUGGGGAAACAGAGUCGUUAUUCCUGCAACACUUCGAAGUGAAAUAUUGACAGAACUUCAUAAAAGUCACCCAGGAAUCGUCAGAACGAAGAGCUUAGCGAGAUCUUAUGUAUGGUGGCCCACUCUUGACAGCGACAUUGAAGAAAUGUGUCAGCACUGUGUUGAUUGUCAACAAUACUUACCAAAACCCGAGGCAGCUCCUGUACAUCCCUGGGAAUGGACUGGUUCUCCGUGGGAGAGGGUUCAUGUGGACUUUGCUGGACCAUUUAAAGGACAGAUGUACUUCAUUCUGGUAGACUCGCAUUCCAAAUGGCCAGAAGUUGUGCGCAUGUCUUCAACAACAGCAACUGCGACCAUCAACGUCCUUAGAGAUAUCUUCGCACAUCUCGGACUACCGAAAACAUUGGUUUCCGACAAUGGACCGCAAUUUGUUGCUGAUGAAUUCAAGACAUUUUUGCGACAAAAUGGAGUGAAACAUGUGACAUCAUCACCUUAUCACCCCAGGACAAAUGGACUGGCCGAACGUUUCGUGAGGAGUUUCAAAGCAGCCAUGAAGAAACACAGCAAAAUAACCUCUAAGGAGAUUGACAUUUUCCUCAUGACAUAUAGAGUGACUCCACACGCUACCACAGGAGAGACACCUGCGAAAUUACUUAUGGGGCGAAACCUUAGAACACGCUUGGACCUACUGAAACCUGACACCAGCAAUAAAGUGCGACAGAAACAGGACAAAAUGAAGCUGUCGAAACACACAGGAUCCAACGUGCGCCAAUUCACCGUUGGACAAUCCGUGAUGGUUCGAGACUACAGAGGAAGUGUACCAUGGAUUCUUGCUACAGUAACGUCUUGUUUAGGACCACUCACAUACGAGGUGAAGACCAAGGAGGAAGGGGUGUGGCGUCGGCACGUGGACCAGAUGAGAAGAGCUUCAGAAACCUUGACAGAGAAAACUGUACAAGACACAUUGCGCCAAAGCUAUUCUGAGCCGAUGGAAACACCUGCAGUACCGUUUACCUACCCUACCGGUUCACCGGAAGUGUCAGAUCGUCCGUCAUCGCCGUUGAAAGUGCCGGACACUCCGAAGACAGACCGCUCUGUCGUCAGCAAAUCUCCUGUUGAACCGAGGCAAGCUGUGCUACAGAUGCCUACCGCGGAACGACGGUACCCAACACGCAUUCGCAAACCAACUGAGCGCCUGAUUACAGCGAUGUGA